AUGGCAGACCACGACACCACGGACGCUAUUGACGUCAAGGACACGCCCCUCAACAGCUCCGUAUCUUCCAUCGGCCGCACACCUCCGACUGCGCUCAAAUUGGGCUCCAGCCCCAGCCCGGCAUCGUCCCACCGUUCGAGCUUCGCGGAGCACAUGCGAGGAACGCCCACAUCACCACGCGCGUCACGGCAGCCUUCGCUGACACAGCAAGCGCUACAAGACCUCCUCAACAACCCUCCAACCAAGGGUGGUGAUCCAAAGUUCCAGGGACGCGAUUGGAAGACUGUCAGACUGGGAGAGAUUGUCGAUCCUGACCUGGUGAGGUUCGUCGAGUACGAUACCAGCGUUGAGGAUGCGACGAGCAUACUAGUCAAACAUGGCGCCCCCAAUGUCGUCCUCCUGCGCGAAGACGCAAACACACGGCAUGCGACCGGGACCUUCGAUUACAGCGACCUGAACGCGUACCUCCUCCUCGUAGUCGGCCUCGCGCAUCCCGAAGAAGGCGACAUCGCCUCGUUCGACGAGCUUGCACAGAAAGGAAGAGAAGGAAAGCCCAUACCGCUCAAAGACGUAAAAGAGGUUGGUGGCAGAAAGGAGCCGUUGAUUACUCUCGACGAGACAACGGAUCUGUCCAAAGCCAUAGAAGUCUUCGGAAGCGGUGUACAUAGAGUGUUGGUCGCAGAAGAAGGCACAUCGAACGUCAAGGGCAUACUCACCCAACUAAGACUGGUGCAAUUCUUCUGGGAGAACCGAUCGAGCUUCCCAGGCGUAAACCAGCUGUACCCACAGCUAAUCAAAGACCUGAACCUUGGAUCCAAGACCGUUCUAGCCAUCAAGUAA